AUGGCUACCAAGCUAUUUCAGAGGAUGCAGAAAAGUACAACAAACGUUCUCUUGGUGCUGGCACUUCUCGUUGAAGUCCAUUCCUCAGCGUCGUCCGCCCUCUCAACAGACAGCUGUGUAUCGACUGGCUUGCAGAAUUUGGGCAACACAUGCUAUCUGAACUCGCAACUGCAGUGCGCAUAUCACAUACCAAAAGUGAGAGAUCUAAUUCUCACUCCUUUAAAAUCGGAUUCUGACGUAAGCAAUGAUAGAAAAGGAAAUGAUUCGGGCUCAGGAGAGUCAGUACCUGCUGGCCGAUCGAUGCCGUUUCAAGAAAGCCCCAGCCUACAAGGAACACGCCUCGUCUUUCAAGAUAUGCUACAGGCCUCACGCAAACAAACUGGCCCCGUGGCACCAAGAAUCCUAUGCAAAGUCCUCGGAAUACCAGUCUACGAACAGCAAGAUUCGCAAGAGUUUUGGAAACUUUUAUUGCCGACGUUCAAGCUACCAGAAUUGAUGGACCUCUAUCAGGGAGCCUUUGAAGACUACAUCGUAGCCCUUGAUGGCACGGGUCGUGAGCGCCGCCUUGAAGAACCUUUUUUGGAUUUGUCCUUAGACGUGACAAGCGGAUCAGUUGAAGAGUCACUACGACAACUGUUUGGAGAACCGGAAUUACUAAGUACAGCCGAAGGAAACGGCUGGCGACCAGAAAAAGGCGCCGAGAAGGUCGACGCACACAAAGGAUCAUUGCUGCGUACACAGGGUCUGCCAUCGAUUCUGCAGCUCCAUUUGAAACGAUUCAACUACGACUGGAACACGGAUACGACAUCGAAGCUAAACGAUCCCUUCCGGUUCCCCCUUGAACUAAAUUUGUCCGACGUUUGCAAAGACGGGGCGUACAGCGAAAGAAUAUUCAUCUGGCCAUUACUACGUUUACGUGCGACCCAACGUUCGGAAGAGCGAAUGGUGCCGAUUCAAUGA